ACAUGUUGAAACUACAGCUAACACCUGCUGAUGAAGGAAUGAUCACAGACCAGGAAGAAGAAAUGUGUCAUUUAAAAGAAGAGAACAAAAGAGCUGAACCUGUCGGGCACCGUGUUUAAGAGCGUCCGUGACACGAACACUCGACUCAUCAAGAAGGGCAAAGGGAAGUCGGGGAAGAUGAUGAUGAAAUCUGGAUAAAGUGACAGUGGUUCAUCAUGGCAUCCAAGUAUGGUGUUAUCCUUGAGCACUCAGUCAUCUUGGAUGCUGCUGAAGCUGCUGCUGCACAGGAGGCCACGGACGUAGACCCUCAAGGCAAACCAAGGACUUCCACUUCAGCUAGUCCAAGAAGGCAAAGUAUCAAAGAAGGCGAGAUGGACCGAAUGUUACUGCUAAUGCAGGAACGAGCGGAGGAGAGUCGGGCCCACAUGGAAGAACUGCAAAAGUGUAAAGAGCAGCCCCCCAGCACAGCUAGGAACGCCUUCGCAGCCUAUGUCCGGGACUCCUUAAACACCAUGUCAGAAUGGAGCUACAGAAAAGCAAAAGAUGAAAUCUGCCGGGUGUUGACAAAAUAUGAAAAUGGGGCUGAAGAGGAAAGGGUCAAGCAACAACAGAAGUUCCAACAGCAACUACCUCACCACCACACAAAGCCAAUACACACUGUCCUGCCUGUCCGAGGACUGCAGUCGCUCCUGUCCUGUCUUUCUACAAACACAUCUGAAGUCCAGCAGCUGAGGGACAUGUUGAAAUUACAAAAUAGUCUUAAAGUCACAUGUCAAAUGGGAACAGGCAGCCUGUUCCACAAGAUACGAGCACAGCAAGAAAAGGCUCUGAAGCCUGCUGACUUCUUUUUACACCUUGAGACACAGAACAAGUCUGCAGCCAAGGACCACAGGGCACGAGGUGACACAUAA